AUAAAACUGCACGGCUCCAAUAUCUUCAGACCGGAGCGCACGCGUGGAGCGCGCACUGUCUCUCAGAGUAACGACACUCACCGUCCGGUGUAAAGUCACUUGAGCCGAGCCAGCAUCUGCGACUAAGAUUCUCCUUCCAGAGGUGAAAAUGGCCGAAGACAUUAAAGCCAAACUUGAGAAAUACCGCACGGCUCCCUUUGACUCCAGAUUCCCCAACCAGAACCAGACCAGGAACUGCUGGUCCAACUACGUGGACUACUACCGCUGCCAGAAAGCUUUGGAUGCCAAGGGAUUAGACACCCAGCCCUGCGAGUGGUACAAAAGGGUCUACAAAUCGCUGUGCCCCAUCUCCUGGAUCCAGAAAUGGGACGAGCAGAGAGAAGAUGGGACCUUUGCUGGAAAAAUCUGAGGCUUAAGCAUUUCGAAUGCCGAUAGUCUGCAGAGAUGUAAUCUUUUCAGUAGAAUGUUUGUACGAGUGGUAUAAAACCUGCGGUGUGCCUUUCCACUAACGCUCUGUCCUGAGAUCACACCGAAACUGAAUGGUCAUUCCUUAAAGAUAUCAUGAAAUGUACAGCAGAUUCUGCAUUAAUAAAAAAUAUCUCAGGAUAUAUUUAUGGAA